CUCUUCUACACCUUGAAUAACCACAAUUUUCAACCAAACUCGACUCGUACACUUGCCAUCGUCACGGCCGAUCCUCAACCAUAUAAACUCAUCGGACGAUUUUCUACUGGCAUUAUCCGACAACAUUACUAUAUAACCCCAACCCCAUUUCCCCAACUCAAACACCACUCAAUUUCCUAGUUUUUGGGGGUAAAACCCGGGACCAUAAAGUUGCAGACAUCACGGCUAUACACGGAGCACAGCGGUCAUCUGUAUAUGUCCGAUCAGUUCGUUGUAAGGGCGCUAUAACUGUCGAAGGUGGUCCUUCUACGCACGGUGGACGUGGGGCUUUGCCGUCUGAAGGCGGUAGUCCGUCGGACCUCCUGUUUCUUGCCGGUGGUGGGUCUUGGUUCUUGUUUCUUACGGUAGUUUAGAUUGAUUGAUUGAUUGAUUGAUUGGAGAAGAUGUUGAGGAUCAAGAGGGUGCCUACUGUUGUUUCGAAUUACCAAAAGGAUGAGGUGGAGGAAGGUGGUGGUGGUGGUGGUGGGUGUGGUCGGAACUGCAUGAGAGAUUGUUGCCUACCAGGGGCGAAGCUACCUUUGUAUGCUUUCCAAAAAUGUGAUGCUAAGAUUGAAGCCAGUGACAAAAAGGAGCCUCCUUUUGCUUUCUUGGAGUCUCUCCUCCUUGGAGAGUGGGAGGAUCGCGCGGAGAGAGGAUUGUUUCGCUAUGAUGUUACCGCCUGCGAAACUAAGGUGAUUCCAGGAGAUUAUGGGUUUAUCGCUCAACUAAACGAGGGUCGCCACCUCAAAAAGCGCCCAACCGAGUUUCGAGUGGACAAAGUUCUUCAGCCAUUUGACGGGAGCAAGUUCAACUUCACUAAAGUCGGUCAGGAAGAGAUUCUAUUUCAGUUUGAAUCAAGCAAAGACGGUGAAGUCAAGUUCUAUCCAAACGCUCCUAUUGAUGUGGAAAGUUCACCUAGUGUUGUUGCCAUUAACGUAAGUCCAAUUGAAUAUGGACAUGUGCUUUUGAUUCCACGAAUUCUUGAGUGUUUGCCACAAAGGAUUGAUCACGAGAGCUUAUUGCUUGCACUUUACAUGGCGUCCGAAGCUGCGAACCCAUACUUCCGUUUGGGUUACAAUAGUUUGGGUGCUUUUGCUACUAUCAAUCACCUUCACUUUCAGGCUUAUUAUCUCGCUGUUCCCUUUCCGAUAGAGAAAGCACCCGUUAAAAAAAUCACCGACUUCAGUGGCGGAGUUGUAAUUUCCGAGAUUCUCAAGUACCCCGUUAGAGGUCUUGUGUUUGAGGGUGGAUAUUCACUCGAAGAUUUAUCAAAUGCGGUAUCUGAUUCAUGCAUGUGCCUGCAAGACAACAAUAUACCUUAUAAUGUUCUUAUAUCAGAUUGCGGGACCCGCAUAUUCCUUUUACCUCAGUGUUAUGCUGAGAAACAAGCGCUCGGAGAAGUGAGUUCCGAGCUUCUAGACACCCAAGUGAACCCAGCGGUAUGGGAGAUUAGCGGUCACAUGGUGUUGAAACGGAAACAGGACUAUGAGGGUGCCAGCGAGGAUAACGCGUGGCGACUUCUUGCUGAGGUGUCACUUUCUGAGGAACGGUUCCAAGAAGUGGUAGCCAUCAUCUUUGAAGCCAUCUCAUGUGCUGUUAUUGAGAACAAGAGCGUGCAUGAUGAAGACGAGAGAGAUCUUGAAGACGUCGAUGCCCUUGCUGAGGUGUCACUUUCUGAGGCAGUUGUUGUGGCUGCGUAGCAAGGAUGCCGUGUUCGACACAAGGGUAAUUUUGGUAUUUUUCCAGCUAGUAUGUUGUGCCUGAAAAAGUCCUAUGUUUCUUAACAUACAUGGGAUUAGGUUCUUGUUAUGGAGGUGUGUUGUUACACUGUUAUAGUGUUAUGUAUAAAAGUUGUGAAUUUUGCAAAAAAAAAAAAAAAAAAAAAAAA